UCAGUUCACUGUUCUCAGUUUUUCUCAGUGAAAACCCUUUUGACACUCUUCCACCGCGACGAAUGAACUGACCUCCAAACAUAACCUCUUCUCAAAUCUGAAAAGCCCUGAGUUCAGUACAACCCUAAGUUGAAAAAACCGCCAGGAACACCUGCGCUUGACAUGUAGGUGUUGGUUUGCAUCCAUGCUCCCAUACACUGCAGGAAUCAGAAACACAGUAACUGGUAACAGUUCCUGCUAGCGGCCUAGCGCUAGCAUCCUUUCAACAACAAAAAUAAAGCAAUCGCUACUCGACGUCCGAGAAGGAAAGAAUCACUGCCCUCUAGGAGCAACGGCCGUCAAGAAUCGAAUCUCGAAGCGAAGGACCUCGUGGCAAAAAUACAUCCGUUUUUUCAACAAUACAUUUGCUCGCUUUUGAUUGUCUCUCCUAGUGUUCUAAGGGGGGAGCACCAAAUAAAAAAUAAACAUGGUGGCGGCGAUGUGACAAAGAAAGGAACGCUGGCUCGAGUUACUUGCUUGAACUAUAUCAAAGUGAUAUAGAAUAUAUUCUCAUCUCUGCGCUGGGAGUGCUUCAGUCUUCAAUGCUUCGCAUUCGUCCUUUGUUGCUCCGAGAUGCAUCCCCACCCCUUUCCUCCGAUUAUUGGACGUCUUUGGUCUUUCUCAGUGCUAAGUUGGUGCGAUUGAUGUCCAGUGACAGUUUUCUGCACUUACGAGUUUGUGCAAGGCUGAGUGUAUGUCCCAGGGGUUCAGCCACAUCGUGUUUACAUUCUCAAUUUUCAUUCCGACAGGAGUCGCUCAAAUAUUGAAAUCCAAGCCUCUCAUCGACGUGGAAAUCAUGAAAAAAUCCGAUUUCUGACACAUGUGCACGCAGCGCCCCAAAUGUUUCGAUAGCGACGUUUUAUGGAAGCCCACAUCGUGCAACUUCCUCGAGAGUAACAAUGAAAUUGAUCCCUGCGAUCUUAAUUAAAAUGAAAAAGUUGUCAUAAUUAAAUCCUGAAAAGUGAAGUGCCGAAGUUUAUUUUGUAGAAGAGAAUCGGAGUGAAAAGUGUUGUGGCGUAUUUAUUGUGAUUGUGACAUCAGAAAAGAAAUCGAUGCGAGGGGAAAUGAUCGGCGAGGAAAAUCAAGCUUUUUUAGAAGGUCGGAUUCGGAAAGGAGAGUUUUGGGAGAGGAACUGAAUUUCCCGAAUGGAUUGGAGUCAUCAAACUUGGCCGGCCUCGUGCCAACAACCUCUCAGCUAGACUCACGAUGCCUUCCCGCAAGCUAGAUUAUAAAAUUAGACGCUCGAAGGAAAUUCGUCUAAAGUUGAUCCAUGAAAGUAAGUCCAUCUACGUGGAGAACCAGGAAAACGAGACUGAAGAAUGUCCUAGAUUAGUUGAUUUAAAGGAUAUCAUCUUGCAUUUUUGUUGAAAGGAGAGAUGGGUGAUUGGAGAAGGAAGACAAGGUAGUUUUAUGUGAAAAUCUAGUUUGCACUUUAGAGGAAGAAUUGGUUUUUAGAAUGUCGAGAGGGAAAUAAUUUGAUCUCAAUGGGCCUAAAUGACAAGUAUAAGUCCAGCAGUUGAGAUGCCCCUUUCGAGAACGAAUCCAUCUGGAGCCUCGACGCAGACUUACAUCUCGAACGAAAACAACCAUCUGCCACCUCUAAAGGCCGGAACCAUGGUUUUGAAACAGGGCGAAUCGCCAGUCAAUCACUGGAGUCACGUGGAGAUGCACUUGCCCGUUUUGGAUUCGAGUACAAAUAAUAGUCUGCAGAACUUGAAUAGUAAUAAUUCAGAUAGUUUGAAUUUAAGCUUGUGUUCGCAUGCAAGUCACACUAGCCACAAUAGCCAUAAUUCGAGUCACUCGCAGACGAAUAGUCAGUCGAGUAGUCCAAUGGUAAAAAAUGGACAGUCGGAUGGGAAUUCUAGUAGUGGAAAGCCGAAAACAAUGACAGUCACGCCCGAAUUGGUGAUGAAGCUUUAUAUGAAUAAACUAACGCCUUAUGAGCAUCAUGAAAUUUUUAAUUACCGACAGAUAUACUUUAUUGGGGCUAAUGCGAAGAAAAGGCCAGGAAUUAUAGGCAUGCCGAAUAAUAAUGACUAUGACAAUGAUCAGGGGUCGUAUAUUCAUAUACCUCAUGAUCAUGUAGCUUAUAGGUAUGAAGUAUUGAAAGUAAUAGGAAAAGGAUCGUUUGGACAAGUAGUGAAGGCGUAUGACCAUAAGACACAGGAGCAUGUUGCUCUAAAAAUGGUGAGAAACGAGAAGAGGUUUCAUAGGCAAGCUCACGAAGAAAUUAGGAUUCUCAGGAAUUUGAGAGAACAGGACAAGGAGAAUACAAUGAAUAUUAUACACAUGUUCGACUCAUUUACAUUCCGAAAUCACAUGUGUAUAACUUUCGAGUUGCUCAGCAUUAAUUUGUAUGAGCUGAUUAAGAAAAACAAAUUUCAAGGAUUUAGUCUGCAGCUGGUGAGGAAGUUCUCACAUUCAUUACUUCAGUGCCUCGAAGCUUUAUUUAAAAACAAAAUCAUACACUGCGACAUGAAGCCGGAAAACGUUCUACUCAAACAGCAGGGUCGAAGCGGAAUAAAGGUGAUAGACUUCGGCUCCAGUUGCUACGAGAAUGAACGUAUCUACACUUACAUUCAGAGUCGGUUUUACCGAGCUCCGGAGGUAAUCCUAGGUGCGAAAUAUGGAAUGCCAAUCGACAUGUGGAGCUUGGGCUGCAUUCUGGCAGAGCUGCUGACCGGUUACCCUCUGCUUCCUGGUGAAGACGAAGCCGAUCAACUAGCUUGCAUUAUCGAGCUCCUCGGAAUGCCGCCGCCUCGAGUGCUCGAAAAUGCCAAACGAUCCCGACAGUUUAUCACCUCCAAGGGCUACCCCAGGUACUGCACCGCCACCACGUUUCCCGAUGGCUCCACCAUGCUCUGCGGUAGUCUUUCUCGACGUGGGAAGAUGCGAGGACCGCCAGGAUCGAAGGAACUGAAACGAGUACUCAGGGGUUGCACCGACCCCCUAUUCAUCGACUUCAUCAGCCGCUGCCUCGAGUGGGAUCCUGAGCUUCGACUCACGCCUAGCAGGGCUCUCAGACACGCCUGGCUCCGAAGGAGACUUCCUCGACCUCCUGGGGAAAAGACCGAGGACCUGCCAACUGUUCCAGCCGCUCCAACACCUGCCGCUGGUCUUCGGACGCCUGCUUCCGGGAGCAGAAGUUCCAGCAAGACCAACGCUGUUAGCCUUGGCUCCGCCGUCAUUUCCGACAAGGUGAGACAACUUGUCGCAAGACACAGGGCCGUCGAGGCCCGAAUUCGCUCCAGACCCACGCCCGCCGAUUACAAGGCCGGCAGAGUCAUCUCGACAAAUCAAACUCCGCCAACGAAUCAUCACCAGGGUGCUGCACCAGCAAAUCAUCAGCACUCUCAUAAUGGCGCCCCCCACGACGCUCACAGCUCGCAUAGCUCCUCCGGAAGCUCUAGUAGAUUCGCCAUGGAUAAGGACAUUUUAGAGCAGGUAAUGAGGUUUCCAAAAGUGGAACAACCCUUUCGGGACGAUCACCGCACCGGUGCGGCGGGAGCGAACCACAGAACCGUCCAACUGAAUAAGUUUUAGUCUCGUUUAGUCCCCACAGAAAAUCGAUUUUCAAUCCAUCCCCCACGAAACGACUGCUUUCAUAAUCAACGGAUCAUCUCCAAUCAACGUAAAUUCAUUUCCAAAAACGUACUCCGUCCCGAAAGGAUUAUCAUCGUCCUAAUUACUCAUUCAGUUUUGUUCUUCUUAUUUUAGUGUUCCUCUGUGAUUAUUUAAUUUAGAUGAAAAAACAGUCUUAUUUUCUCCAACCAAUUUUUAUCUUAUUUUUCAAAUCCUCGCAUUUUCUUAGAGUUAAUCUCUUUGUCUAGAACAUUUCAUGUUUCAGAAUUCGUGCAAUGUUUCUCAUUUUUCGCAAGCUGUUUUCUCAUUUUCGUCACAUUACAUUUCAUCGAUUUUAUUCAUCAUCCAGACGGUGAAACAAUUAAAGUGUUCAAUUCUGUACUUUUUACUCAAAACCUGUACGACUUACUUAAGUUACUGCGAAUGUGAAAACAAUUGUAAAUAAUUUUUCAAGUUAUUUUUAUGUUCAAAACAGCGAUAGAAAGACUGAAAGGAACAAGGAAACUGAAAAAUUCCAAUUUUUUGGAAUUAAUAUUUUAAUGAGGGAAUUUGCUUUAUGGGCUUGCAUGUUUCCAUAACAAUUUUUUUGACUCCUUAAGAAUUUUUCAGCAGAAUAUUUUAGCCAAUACGUAAUUGUUCGUUUUAAGCGCUUUUUAUUGGAAAUUCCUCACUUUUGAGCAUUUAAUAUGAAAAACUUGAAACCUCCAUGACUAAAACUUUAAUUUUGUAUAGGUUCUAAUUUAAAGUUACACAUCUUUAAAAGCAUAAAAUAUUAAAAUUGUAGAGUUUUUAAUAUUUUCAACUCAAGAUGUUUUAAUUCUUAAGUUUCUAAAGUAGAAACUGUUCAAACUCUAACGUUUUAAUUUUAAACGGGUAAUUUGGAAGACUUCCAAUUUUAAAAUAUUCUACUGAAAAGUGGAUGAUUUUUCUAAAGUUUUAUUUAAAUUUCUUUAAGCUUUUAAAUAAAAUGUAUAAAAGGAUUUGAAAUUUUUCGAUUCUGAAAAAAGAAUUUAUUUUUCAAGCGCCAAUGAUUAAAACUUGCAAUGAAAAAAACGAAGGUGAUGAACAAGAAAGCGUUUAGAUUUGAAUAACAAGGAAUAAAUUCUACGUAAAGUAAGGAAAAAUUAUGUGAAUAUUAAAUGUGAGAGAAUUAAGAAUACUGAUUUGAUAUUGAAUUUACUUGCUAUUUAAUAUGCUGAUCAAUUAAUUUUGUACUUGUAAUUGUACAACUUUUGAAAUUUAGCCUUGACACAAACCCUGAAUUUCUAAAAUUCAACGCGUUGAAAUGUACCCGUUUUAAAUAUUUUCAACUCAAGUUGAUUUCAUAAAAUUAAAACUCAUCUCGAAUUGAGAUGUCCUUGUACGCAGUCAUUAAAUGUACUAUAAAAAGAAGUGAAGUUUGCGAGGUAGUAUUAAAACUGUAAUAACUAGAUAUUUGAGUAGCGAAUGAUGAUAAUUAUUGUCGUAAAAGAAUUACAGUAUUUUAUUAAAGUGAGCAUACAUUUUCAUUGUGCAGGAUUGUAAAGAAAAGUGAAGUUAGGGUUAAGGUCGCUCCUUUGUGCCGCUUGAUAUUUUAUAGGUAUGCCCACCAGGCAUAAAUGAAUGUUCUGGGUCAGAUUUUCCUUGUUCUUUUUUUUUCUCUCUUUCGAGUGAUCCUUCUUUCUGUCCAAUAAAAUGCACAGUAUGGAAAGUUGAGGGCACGACGAGGUGCGCGUAAACCGCUCUCUACAAAAACUAACAAACCACCUUAUUUCGCCCAGUGGCGGGCCAAGGAAAAAAAGAAAUUGUAGUUAGAAUUACUUCUUCUGUUUCUCUUUUUUGUUCCGCAGCGAUUAUCGCGAAUUGAAAAAAAAAGAUGAACGAAAAAAAGUUCUCGUAAGUUGCACGCUCAGAAAGUCCGCGAUAAUUUUCAAGUUAUCGUUUUUAGUACAUUUAUGUAAGACUCGUGCUACUUUUAUUCAAGGUCAAAGAACGAUUGCCGAGCAUUUUUUAUAAUAUUUUAUACUUUAGACUUUGUUUUUGUUUUCUUGUGUAUUUUUUGGUGGUAAAGUAUUUGUGGAUUGUCUUGUGUGAACUUUAUUCGUUAUUAACGUGAUUGUAGCUAUUUUGUUUGGUUUACUUAAGAUUUGUAAUAUAUUGUGUUUAAGGCAUUUUAUUGUAAAUUUUCUGUAAAGAGUCUCGGAAAAAAGACAACCCGUUUUAUGGGAAAUCGCUAAUUUUUUAAAAGUGACGAGAAAAAUGUUCGGCGAUUGACUAACCUUACUUUUUUUAGAUUAUAUUUAAUAUUCGUCACUGCAACUCAGUGCCGAGAAAAUCAGCAUUCUUUUUUUGAAGACAUUUUUUUUAUUCACAAAAGCACUGCUAUUAAGAAAUGCCAUCAAAGUAAUUUGUUUUAAAUUUUCAACAGUUCGAGUUACUAAUUGCUGUCUGAAAAAAAUAAUCUCUCCGCAUUGUUUUAUAUAUAAUAGACUAAUAGACUGGUUCACAACAAUGGAUUUGACUUAAACAGAAAAUCUUUGAAAAAUAAAGAAAAAUAAGAGACUGAACUUUUGAGGGAAACAAUAGUUCACCGGACUGACUCCGAAAAGUUGGUUGCAGCGAUCGAUGAUUCGCUUCGAGAAAAAUUCUGCAGAAUGAAGAGAAAAAAUAAAACAAAUUUAAUCUAGGCCCCGUUUCUUUCAUCUAUAUUCUAGAAUAAAGUUAUAUUUCUGUUCAAUUUGCUCAAAGUAGUAAAAAGUCAUUUGUCAGUCAUUUUAAAGAAACGUUUUUUAGUCUUUACAUUAAUUAAAAACCUUUUUAUAAAUUGUUUAGUACAGUAUAAUGUUUAAAUGUAGUAAUUUUUGGAAAUUUCUUAUUUGGACUUUUGCAUGCGUAAAUUUCAUUUAAGAUAAAUGUGAUAUUGUAUAUACGUGUAUUUAUGUUUAAAUUAGCUUUGUUCUGCAGAGUGUUUUUUUCAUUCGAGGCGACACUUUUUGCAUGAGGAGAGCCACGCUUUUAUCGCGAACUUAUCGUAUAAUUUACCAUAUAAGUUUAGGAUUAUGAGAAUUUUAUUUAAGUGACACUGCAAAUUUGAUCUCUUAAUCGUACAUACAUAAUAUAGCGAUAUUUACAUUAAUUACAACAAUUAUUAUUAUUAUUAUUAUUGAAACAAGCCAUGCCCGUUAUGUCCAACCGCAUUUUACCUCCUUCUUCUGCUUCUCGACUAAUUGAUAGUCAAGCAAGAAGGUAAAUUGAUUAUUACACAAUGUUUUCUUGAAUGAGGUAGCGCAAAGCGAAAAACCAACCAUACGCGAAUGUACGAUAUUACUAUGCUACAAUUAUUAUUAUUGCGCAUAUUCUCAAUGUAUGACUAUAAUACAUUUUCGCUACGAUUAAUGGAAACGCGAAUCUGAUUUUGUAAGAAAAUGCUCCGACUUGAAUAUGAAACAAAUAAACGCUGCUUAUGACAGUUGA